GAAAGUGUAAAAGAAAAAAAAGACUGCCACGUCACUGAAAGUAGCAACGGUGGAAACCGUCAUCAACCUGAAGAGAGAAGCGCGGGCAAAGCCUGAGAAUUUUCGGUUAAUUUUAAACCAUUUUCUCCCUAUUCAUAUUCUCUGCUUCUCUUUCAAUUUCAAUUCUCAAUUUCAAGAAAGAGACCUAAGAAUUAAUUAAACAAAACAAAAUGGGGAACGUAAUGACAAUGAUGAACAAGGAGCCACCGCCACCGGUGGUUCUUGUUCCUCCUCUCUUCGAUUUUCCACCUCUCGCUGCUCGCACCAGGAUGUUGGAGUCGUCAUAUAAUGUAUUGUUUGGGAAGCUAGCUUUGAAAAGUCUUUUUGAGGAUUAUUUUGAAGAAGCAAGACAUUUUAGCACUAGAAUCAUGUUGAAGCCAAUUGAUGAUCCUCAUGUUGAUUUAAUUACUACUGUUUCAGGUCCAUUAGAUCAUAAUCCUGAGGAGAAAAUCAUAGGAAAUGCGCUAUUUCGCUGGCAAAGCGAUGUGCACGAUCCUCAUACAUUCAUGGACCUUUUUGUAUCAACCUUGGACCCGAUUUUGCAAAUACGAUCAUGUGCUUAUUAUCCUCGAUAUGGUUUUGGGGCAUUUGGCGUUUUCCCACUCCUUUUGAGAAAUCGAAUAGCUUCUGAUGAUUUUGGUGUAAUGGGACUCAGAUAUGGCUCAGGAAAUUUAUCCUUUGGAGCUACACUUAUGCCUUUUGCUGUGAAAGAGGAGUUGCCAAAGAGUGCAUGGCUUGUAAGUAAGAUGGGAAGGCUGACGGUUGGAGUGCAGUAUGAGCCAGGAUCUGGAAGCAAAGGUAAUGGUAAAUAUAAGAAUUUAAUGAAUUGGAGUGCCGCGAUUGGUUACGGGGUAGGAUCAGGAAGCCCCUUGAGUCCUUCUUUCAAUUUUUGCCUUGAGCUUGCAAAAAAUUCUCAGUUCAUUGCCUCAUUUUACCAACACGUGGUGGUCCAGAGACGGGUCAAGAAUCCACUUGAAGAGAAUGAAAUAGUUGGAAUUACAAAUUAUUUUGACUUUGGGUUUGAGUUACAGACAAGGGUUGAUGAUGUCGAAACAUCAAAUAAUAUACCAGAUUCCACCUUCCAAGUAGCUGCAUCCUGGCAGGCAAAUAAGAAUUUCCUAUUGAAGGGAAAGGUGGGACCUCUCAGCUCAUCAUUGACAUUGGCAUUCAAGUCAUGGUGGAAACCCUCAUUUACAUUCAAUGUAUCAGCUACAAGAGAUCGUAUUAUUGGAAAAACAGCGUAUGGAUUUGGUAUCCGUGUUGAGAAUCUUAGAGAAGCCAGUUAUCAAAGAGCUGAUCCAAAUUUCUUGAUGCUGACACCAAGCAAGGAGCACCUGGCAGAGGGCAUCCUUUGGAAAAGUGGGAAGCGGCCAAUGCUACAAUCUGAGAUAAAUGCUGGAAACUUUAACGAUUUGCCAAGGGAAUUGAGACCACUGGGAAAGAUCUUAUAGAUUUAUUUAGGCGUUUUUCUUUUUCUUUUCUAAUUUAGUUAUGAUUUCAGUAGAUAGCCAAGCUCUUUUCUACGAGGGUUGGCGAUGUCAAUAUUCUACUUCCAUGAGAGUAAAUCUUAAUUUAGUUUGCGUUGUAAUUUGGAGGAACCUGGAUUACAAAAUGGUCAUUAAAAUUUUGCAGAAAUUUUUUGAGUA